AACACACGGAUUAUCUAUCUUGUCUGUGUUUAUCCAGAAUUUUCGUUUAUUUAUAAAAGAAUACUUUGACAGAUCUUAAUUUGUAAUUUUAGUUUUGUAAAUGACUUUUGAAUUGAAUUUGUGCAAUUUAUUUCAAAUAUAAGUAUAUUGCUAUAAGGUGAAGUUAUAUUUGAUGUUUAUUUUUCUUCGACGAUAGUAAAUUUUUAUAUGUCUAUAGUUCUCAGUGAAUUUUGUUUACAGUGAAGAAAAUGCCAAAAGUACGUAGAAGUCGUAAAAGCACACCUGAAGGAUGGGAGUUGAUAGAACCCACAUUAGAAGAAUUAGAACAAAAAAUGAGAGAAGCUGAAACUGAUCCGCACGAAGGAAAACGCAAACAAGAAUCGCUUUGGCCUAUCUUCAAAAUUCAUCAUCAAAAAUCAAGAUACAUCUAUGACUUAUUCUACAGAAGAAAAGCAAUCAGUCGUGAGUUAUAUGAUUACUGUAUCAGUGAAAAAAUUGCAGAUGGUAAUUUAAUAGCCAAAUGGAAAAAAUCUGGUUAUGAGAAUUUAUGUUGCUUACGCUGUAUACAAAGUCGUGACACUAAUUUUGGCACAAAUUGCAUUUGCCGAGUUCCAAAGAGUAAGCUGGAAGAAGGUCGAAUUGUCGAGUGUGUUCACUGCGGGUGUAGAGGGUGUUCUGGUUAACAAUUUUUAUAUAGGCUAGAUAAUCUAUACACUGUUAAUUUAAUUAUCACAAUAAAUUUAUGAUACAGGGCUUGAAUUGUAAAUAUUGUCGUGGGAAGAAAAUUUGUACAACACUUUCUAUUUUGAAUUUGUUUUUCCCAUAUUUUUCAAAUGAUUAUGGUUUUAUCAUAAUUUUUUGAUUUUACUAUACUUUUAUUAGUAAAUUUUUUUA